UUUUAUUUUCUCAAUACUGGUGUGAUGUGUGCGAAAACGGGGCAUUAUGUAAGCAUCGUCAUCACAGAUCCUAGGGAUAUUUGAGGGUCAACCUCGGAACCACUUGCCAAGCUUUUCUUGACAUCAUUCCACCUGCUUGCAUGGACUGAGUGCACUUUAUUUCACUCACUCUUCAAAACACAACCAUAAUGAAUUUGCUACAAAAAAAGCCGAAUGUAAAAGAUCAGGUACGGGCAACCAGUCGCGAAGUACGGACCAUUCAGCGAGAGCUGGGGAAAGAUCGUAGCGGAUUGGAGCGCCAAGAGAAGCAGAUUAUCGCGGACAUCAAAAAGGCUGCAAAACAAGGGCGAACAGCCGAAGCAAAAACCCUAGCAAAACAACUCCUCCAGCUUCGAAAGCACAUUGAAAAAAACACCCGUGUCAAUGCCCAGGUUGGAGGACUCCGAGUCAAAGCGACUACGAUGGCCUCACAAGCAGCCACAGCCAAGGCAAUGAGUUCGGCUACCCGUGUCAUGGCGGCAUCAAACAAGGCUACCGAUUUAGGACAAUUACAGAAAACCAUGAUGCAAUUUGGGGAAGAGAAUACAAAGAUGGAUAUGAAGGAUGACAUGAUAAACGACGUCCUAGAUUCAAUGAUGGACGAAGAGGGUGAUCAAGAAGAAUCACAAAACAUCAUGAACGCCGUCUUUGAUGAAAUUGGAUUGGAUCUAACAACAAAGGCUGCUCAAGUACCGCGGACACGAUUGGACGCAACCCAAUCUGUCCAAAGAGAGGAUGAAUCGGAUGCGUUAAUGAAGCGGUUGGCGCAGUUGAAAUCAUAAGAUGAAUUUAUCAGUGUAUGUAUUUAAAGGUUUUGAGAGAGAGAGACAUAGAUUUGCAAUGCAGUGUAUCAUUGAUCAGAGAUUGGCAAAAGCAAGUUACGUAGGAGGGCGAUGUUGCCCACUUGCGCGCACCAGCCGAAAACAUACAGCAAUAAUCCGAUGCAAAACUAUGAAAAUCUAUUAUUAAACUUGAAACUAUCUAUCAAGAGCCCAUCCGGUAUACUAUUCGGAUGGGACACAUUGCCAAGUAAUUACAGACCGACAACGAU